CGAUUAGUUACUCGUAACUAAGUAGUUGAAUAAAAUGCUACUAAAUUCAUUGUAUGUACUAUUUCUUAUAUUAUUAGCAUUGGAAAUAAAAUGCGAGAAUCAAACUCCUCAAACAAGAAUCGUAGGAGGAUCGGCCAUCGUCAUCGAAGAUGUCCCUUUUAUAGUAUCCAUCCAAUAUCAAGGCGAGCACAUAUGUGGAGGUUCAAUAAUAAAACCAAACAAAAUUAUCACUGCUGCCCACUGUACCGAUGGGAAAGAAGCCACUGAUUUUACAAUAAGAGCAGGCUCCACAAUGCGCGAGUCAGGCGGUCAAGUWGCACAAGUCAAAAAAAUUUACCAAAAUCCUAAUUUUAAUUCCGUUGACAACGAUUACGAUAUCUCUAUUCUUGAACUAGAUUCAAAUCUUUUAUUGAGCAACACUGUCUCACCAAUAACUCUAGCCGACCAAGAAAUUGAUCCCAAUUCUAGAGCGUUCACUUUUGGAUGGGGCACUUUUCGAUCGGAUAGCACUCGACUUGCAAAAGAAUUGCAAAGUGUAGCUCUUAGAAUUGUCGACAAAGACACUUGUCAGAAAUCUUACGAGGAAAUGGCAAUCACUGAACGAAUGGUGUGUGCUGGGACACAAAAUGGGGGAAAAGAUGCGUGUCAAGGRGAUUCAGGGGGUCCUUUAGUAGUUGACAAUGUGCUUCUUGGAAUUACGUCUUAUGGGUCUGGGUGUGGUGACCCUGAWUUUCCUGGAGUUUAUUCUAAUGUGACAGCCUUACAGGAGUACAUUAAUGAACAUCUAUGAAAAUGAUUAAUUCACUUUAUUCAAUUUUAUUCAGUAAAACUCAAGUGUAAAUCCUGUSUUUCUUGCAUGGUUGCAAUAGAAAACACUUUUCUYUCUUUAAACUUUAAUUUGAMAUCUGUAUUGUAUUUAUUGUUAUAAACUAUAGCUAAAAAUAAAGAUAAUAUGUCGUUGA